AUGAAGCUCCUCGUUUGCCAUGGCUACGGAAUGAGUUCCGAGAUCUUGGAGCAGAUGAUGACUUCCGUGAUAUCGGCUGUUGGGCGACAUCACGAAUGGGUCUUCCUGGAUGGAGAAGUCAAAUGUGCCGCAGCGAUGGCCGACUUCAUCCCCGGUCGCCAUUUGUCGUACUGGGAUGCUUGGGGCGCUGAGGGCUUGAAGGCGGCGUACGAGCUCAUGGAGGAGACACUCGCAGAGAAGGGUCCCUUUGACGGAGUGUACGGAUACAGUCAGGGUGGCGCGUUCGUUCUCGGCUACCUGCUUCAGUCGCUCAUCGACCACCCCGAGAAGCCAUUGCCAUUCAAGUUCGCGGCAUUCCAAGGCACAGCAGCAGCAUUAUCCUCGGAUCCAGAGUACAACAGCGCGGCGAUCAUGAGCGCGUUGGAAAAGCUCAGCGAGAAGGAGAGGAAAGAGCUUCAUGAUGGCUUCAUCUCGCGGCAGGGACACAAGGACCCUCGCACAUUCGACGUCGUCAAAGAGGGCCGUAUCCAGGGCCGGGACAAGGAGAUCUUCAUCGCGCUGCUCGACAUGGUGCAAUCAUCGCUCGGCGCUCGCAACUUCUUCGGCAUCGACGAGAGCGACGGUACAAACUCCAUCGACCCUGACAGCUAUGGCCUUGCCGACUUCCCACGAUUCUUCCACCCGGUAUACACCAAGCAGCGCAUCAACAUCCCGACCGUCCACAUUCGAGGCUAUUUCGACGAUCCUGCUCCCACACGACUGGCCGAGAUUGCUCAGGAGCUGUGUGAUCCCAGCAAAGUUCAGCUGGUUAAGUAUGAUGGCGUGCACGAGCUGCCCACAAAAGAGCAGGACGUGAAGAAUAUUGCGAGGGCCAUUGAGAAGGCAUAUGGAAUGGGCCAGUUGCUCUCAGUUACAGUGUAG